AGGGGGCUCUAGCUGAGUCUCUACCCUCCCGCCCCCGCCCUAAAGUCAUUACUUUUAAGAUGCACGUGUAUUCUGAAAUGAAACUCCCACCCUCUUGCCCUAAACAUCCCUCUUCUCUUCCCCUCUCGUGGCUGACUUAUUCUCUCUCCGUGUCUCCUCUCGUGCACUGGCUGUCUGUCUGACGUCUUGACUUCAGUGAGUGGACUAACUGCUAAUGGUUGGCAUUUCCCCGUCACGGAGGACGUGUACUGGGUUGAAAAACACCAGCCUGUCGGUUGUCUUCUCUCAUCGGAGUGCUUCUGACUGGAGUGGUCACAGUUUUCUUCCUGUCGCCAUGUGGGACUCUCACGGUCUGGCAGUACCUCAAAUGUUCUGAAGCCUCCCCUCAGGCUGACUGAACGGAAAUCUCCUGUGCAUGAGGGUUACGGAAGGAGACAGAAGUUCUUGACCCACUGUGGAGAACCGUUGUCGACAACAAACAAAGUCCCACAACUGACAGGAACUACUCCAGUUUGGACCUGAACAAAGAUGGAGAAACAGAUGGAUAAAACAAACUUUACUUGCGUGACAAUCUCUCAAAGCCCUAUCAGUGACUUCCUGAUGGGCAUCUACAUCCUGGCCUUUAUCCUGGGCUUGGCCUUUAACCUCUUGACCCUUGGCCCCAUCGUCCAGCAGGUCCGCAGCCAGAACGUCCUUGGGGUAUUCCUGCUCAACCUGUCCCUGUCUGACAUACUCUAUAUCCUCACCAUGCCUCUCUGGAUCAACUACUAUCACCAGGACCACCACUGGAGCCUGGGCAGCCUGUCCUGCAGCGUGGCCGGCUUCUUCUACUACUCCAACAUGUACCUUAGCAUCUACCUGCUGUGCUGCAUCUCUGUGGACCGCUGCCUGGCCGUCACCUACCCCCUGAGGACCAAGGCCUUCCGCAGCAUACGCUACGCCUGGGUGCUGUGUCUGGUUGUGUGCGUGGCUGUCAUGUCCGCACACGGCCUGGUGCUGUUCAAGGACAACCUGCAGGACGCCCACGACGACACGCAGGACCGCUGCUACGAGACCUACCCCAUGCCAAAGCCCGUGGCCCUGUUCAACCUGCUGCGGGUUGGCAUCGGCUUCCUGCUGCCCCUGCUGGUGCUGGGGCUGUGUUACUGGAGAAUCCUGGGCCAGGUGAAGCAGAGCGAGGGGCUGGGGGAGCAGGUUAAGAGGAAGGUACGGCUGCUCUCCUUCGGGGUGAUGGGGAUAUUCUCUGUGUGCUUCGCCCCCUACCAUCUCCUCCUGCUGACCCGUUCCCUGGCCUACUACUAUAUGGGCAGAGAGAGGUACUGUGAGUUUGAGGAGAUCAUGCACUUCCCCUUCUCGUGCACUCUGGCCCUGUCCAGCCUGAACAGUGUGGUGGACCCAGUGCUGUAUGUGCUGAUCAGUAAUGGGGUGAGGGAGGACAUGAGACUGUGCUGCUGUGGGAAUAGAAAGAGUCAAAGGGAGAGAGACAGUUCCGUCAUCGCAGUAACAUGGAAGACACAUACAAACAUGAUCUGAUUACAUACAGUGUUUGUGUGCAGGGUUGGGUAGGUUACUUUCUAAAUGUAAUCAAUUACUAGUUACCUGUCUAAAAUUGUAAUCAGUAACGUAACUUUUGAAUUACCCAAACUCCCUUUCUGUUACUUUUGGAUUACUUUCCCUUUAAGAGGCAUUAGAAGAAGACGAAAAGGAUCCAUCAAACGCAUUUGGUGUGUCAUCAUAGUAAUCCCUGACUCGCUCAGGUGGAACAAACGGAUGCUUUUUCAAUACUGAAUUGAAUACCAUUGAGAAAACAACAUCCUUUCUGAAUUUAAAAGUAAUCUAAGAAGUAAUCAUCUAGUUUUUCAAAAGUAUCUGUAAUCUGAUUACAAUAUUCUUGCUGGUAACUUAAUUGAAUACAGUUACAGUUUUUUUUUGUAAUCAGAUUACAUGUAACUGUGAGCGUGUCUGUUGUAUUUAUGCCCUUCCUCUACUGCAGUAAAUCCCUUCCGUGCACAUUGUAAAAAAAGGAUGGCAUGUUUGGCUGUGGGACUUCAAUAACAUGUUCUUUCAUAUCAACCCACUUCCAUGGACAAUCAGUCAAUCAGGUUGUCCUUAAAAUGUUCAAAGAACAGGACUGCAGCCUUUGUGUAGUUUUUCUAAUAUCCUGCUUGGUGAUGAGGAUGGAUAUUCAUUCAUAUGCAUCAUGUUCUUUUUAAUUGGAGCUUUCUCUUAAUGCCUGUCCUCAUUGGUAUGGAAAAUCCUUUCAAAGGCUGUCUGUUCUGGCUUUAUGUUUCAGGGUCGUUCCGCUUGAAGGACCCUUGUAUAUCUCUUCAGGUCUGCCAGAGGUUUUUAUUGAUAUACGCUUGGUUUACAAACGAACCUUUAUAUUCUAAUUUGCCUGCUUUGUGGACCGAAAAAUGAGAACAUUGUUCAAUUUCGUAUUUAUCCUAAACAAAAUCUAUGUAGUAAACAAUGCUGGUGUUGAAAUCCCAGAAAAUACAGUAUGGGACAAUGAAGACAUGUUGACAAUGUUCAUCCAAUAAACAAAAAAGGAAGCUACCCACAUUUGCAUAUGUGUUUCUUCUGUUUACACGUGCAAUUCCAUUAUGGGUUCAAUCAGUUCCUCUCUCUGUCCCUCAAGGUAAAAUACAAAAAGAGAACAAA